AUGUUACAAGCCCCCCCCGAUAAAGACAUCUUCACGACCCCCGAAAAUGGGUCGUUUUUUAGACGGCGGAAGUAUAACCGACUGAGCCCUGAAGACCACGAGAUCCGGCUCCUACGUAUGCACCCAGUCAGACUGACACUGGGCGAGCUGGCAGCUGUAUUUCCCAAAUGGCUCGAGCGCGACACCGAUGCCGCAGACCUCAGCCUAGACAAAACCAGCAGAGAUUCUUCCACUUUCAUCUGCUGCCAACUGGUUGAGGCGAACAAGCUUGAGCUCCAAGAACGAAAAUAUGCCGCCUUAUCCUACUGCGCGGGGAAGCCUACGGAAACGAGACGGAUCAUGAUAGACGGCUACUGGUUCAACGCGUUUGCUAACCUGGAGCAUGCCCUCGAGGGAUUCAGGGAACACUAUGACAGAAGCUCAAGCAGCGGCAAUCUGAUCUGGGCAGACCAGGUUUGUAUCAACCAACUCGAUUUCCAGGAGAAAUCCCACCAAGUCAGCUUCAUGCGGAAGAUAUACGAAAACGCCGAGAAAACGUACGUUGUGCUUUCCACUCCACGGGCUCCCAUUCCUGACGCCGAAGCUGGUGUUUUGGCACUGCGGCUUGCUCUCAACCAUUUAGAAGCCAGGCUGCAGGAGGAAUCACCCUGCUAUUCCGUGACAGGCUUCCGAACUGGCUAUUCAGAAAUAUUUCUGGAUUGGGUUUACGAACAUCCCAACCAUCCUGUUUGUGGUGCCUUGGCUCAACUCCUCAACUUUGUCGAUCGUGUUUGCGACGCGAAAUGGUGGACUCGAGCGUGGGUUUUCCAAGAAUUCCUUGUCUCAGAUAAUAUUCACUUCGUAUGCGGGUCCCAGUGUCUAGAACUUAACGACCUAGCGCCGUUUCUCAGGUUCCGAAACUGGAAUACAACGAACGAAGAAUCCGUCGCACGCUUCGAGCUUAGGUCUAAGUCGCCACACAGCGAAAGAAUCGCCCAUAGCGUUGAGUUGCUUAAGAAGUCGGCAAUGCACUGCCGCCAGUCUGAAACGUCGUAUAAACUUCCAAUGUUGUUUGAUGAACGACGAAAAAACCGCUAUAUUCUUCAUUUCCCAUCGACUCCUGAGUUUCUCCACCUGCUCGCAACGGCCUCGAGCUUCGGGUUUCAGGCUACCGAUCCCCGGGACAUGCUCUACGCCUUCACCGGCUUAUCAAGCAUCACGUCCGGAGUAACCGUCGACUACAGCCCCACAAACACCAUCUGGGACGUCUGCGCCGCCAUCGCCGAGAAAUUUAUAGAACACGGAGACCUCAGCCUCCUUCGGCUCGCCACCACAACCAGGGGGGUAAAUGCUUUCUUCGACGAAAAUCUGCCCUCGUGGGCACCAGACUGGAAACUGCCAGCAUCUUGGAUCCCUUGUCAGCACUCGCCGUGGAAGAUUCCCUCAGCGGAGCGCCACCGCUUUGCUGGUAAGGCUCUUUGCGUCCAAGGAGUCCACCUCGCCACCCUCGGUGACGAGACCCACAACGGGAUAUUCCAAGCGAUGGGCCACUACUUUGAUACUACGAGCUUAGUGCAGAGCGGGGACGAGCUCUGGGCCAUUCAUGAGGGGACGGGCAUCCACACCUUGAGGAAGCGAGAGGGAGGGGGGUAUGUCCUUGUUGGACUCGCUAUUCUGUUGCCGGGCAGAGUGUCGCGCUGCUAUGGUGGAUGUACGGUGAUAGAGGUGGGACCAUUGGGCUUAUCAGAGUACACGGUCGUCAUGGACGCCAUUGAAGCGAGUUUGGCAGGCGUGCAGAGCAUUGUGUUGGAAUGA